UGAGCGUUGCGCAAGCGCGCCCAAGUCUGUCGCAGGUAACUCCCAUCUGACGGGCGAGGCGUCGCAGUCGCCGCCGGAAGUUUGGCGUUUCUGCGCCGCGGGGGAGGUGGCUGUCGCGGCAGAAGCAGCUGAGUGUCUUCUGAUACCCGGAUGUGAGGCGGACUGCCGGCUCCCGUAGUCCCUCGGCCAGGCGUGAGGAAGGUACGCGAGCGUCCCGACAGUCUCCGCCGCCAGCUGUCGGACCGCUUGCAUCUUCAUUUCCCUUUUACCAGCUCCUCUAAAGAGCCGGACGCCUUUCUCACUCUCGUGUCCUGUUGCCCCGCACGCCCCUUUCUAUUUCUCUUGUCCCAGUUCCUCGCGCCUUUGGGAGGCAGCGGGCGGCUCCCACACGCCGUUGCUUGAGAUUGUUUUAUCUUAGCUAUAGAAUUUUCAUUUAAAGAUUAAUUCCCAAAUAACAUGGGAAGUUAUUAGAAGCAUCAUUCGUCAACUUAAAGAAAAAAGAAAUAUGCGAUUUCCAUCUUAAGGUGCCAUAUAAUGUAUUGAGCUACAAUAAGGAAUGAUUUUGUCAAAUUUUCAUGAGUUAUGGUGGCUGAAAUAUCAAUUCUGUCUUGUGGGAAAAGAACUAAAUGGCAGCACAAAAAGAAAUCUAUAUUAAUAAAAUAUUUUAUUAAACGAAAGAGGUUAUAUAAGAACUUGGAACCAGCAGACUCAGCAAACGAGGGAAGGAACGCAUUAGCUGUAAGACAUGUUUCAAAUGAAUCAAAGUUCAAUAUCUGUAGAUUCCAGAAGACAAAAGUUUUCAAAAACUUUGUCAAAACAGACAGGUCAGUGAUAAAUAACUUAUCCAGUAUUAGGGCUAGGCCUGAAAUCCAAUAUUAAUCAACAAAUUAACAAAACAGAUUGAACUAAAUUUUUUUCAUAAAAAGUUCUAAAAAUAUCAGAAUUAAGUUUUCUCCAAAUUUAUAUCGCCUUUCCUAAAGCAAAGUAGAUAUCUUUCAGUCUUGAUGCCAGCUUUUCUUAUAUCGAAGGGAUGACAGAAACCUUACUUGAAGCAAACUAGUAUUAUGUUGAAAAUGUGUAUCAGCAUCAAAGUCAAUUUUUAAGACCUGCUCCUCAGUAAUAAUACUGGACAUUCAGCAUUCUCACCUUUCAGGACACAAGAAUCCUCUCAGAAGUUAUUCAAAACAGGAGGACCUGACUCAGGAACAAUGUCCAUUCAGGAGAAAUCAAAAGAAAAUCCCUCCAAUGUUAUUAAAAAAAGUGAGGAUAAGAAUUUAGAAGCACAAAUUCAAGGUUCUCAAAAAAAUCUAGCAAAAAAAUCGAAUCCAAAGGAAGCUAUAAAAUCACUAGUUAAAUCUUCCAGUGAAAGUAAAAUAAAUCAGCCUGAAUUAGGCAUAUGUAUGAAUACGAGGUCAGCAACAGCAGCAUUCAAUGAUGAAAAAGCUAAUAGGUCCAUUAAUAAAAAUAUGGCGACUAUGAAGAGACUUUCACAACAAGAAUCUACAAAAAAUAAGAAAUCUCAGAAAAAAUCAGUGCAUGAGACCCCAAAAUCAAAUGAACAGCUUAACCGGAGAUCACAAAGACUACAACAGCUAACAGAGGUUUCAACAAGGUCUCUGCGUAGUAGAGAAAUUCAGGGUCAAGUUCAAGCAGUUAAACAGAGUUUGCCACCAACAAGAAAAGAGCACUGUAGCAAUACUCAAAAUAAAUCUAAUAAAGUUAAAACAACUCAAAAACAUGUAAAAAGAAAAAUACUGGAAAUAAAGUCUGAUUCUAGAGUGCAUGAAAAUCCAGUCAUUAAUAAUGAAGUAGUAACUUCUCCAAAAGGAAAAAAACGCAAAGUAGAGCAUCAGACAGCUUAUACUUGUAGUUCUCAGUACGUAAAAGGAUCUGAAAACUGUCUUCAGAAGAAUACUAGAAAAGAGGAAACAAAAUCUGUGCCUGUAAUUUCUGAGAUAAAAAGGUCAAAAAUGGUUACUGGAGUGGUCUCUAAAAAGAAUGAGAUGAAGAAAUCAGUUCAUUCACAAGUGAAUACUGGUUCAAAACCUCAGAAAAGUCCACAGCCAUCAGUGCCUGAACAAAGUGUAGAUAAUGAGCAAGGAGGAAAGACCAAACGAGGUAGCAUUCUCCAGCUCUGUGAAGAAAUUGCUGGUGAAAUCGAGUCAGAUACUGUAGAGGUAAAAAAGGAAUCUUCACAAACAGAAAGUGUAAAGGAGGAAAAGUCUACAGAAAAAAAAUCAGAACAGAUUGAUAUUGAAAGACAAAUACUUGAUCAGAAGGAAACCAAUCAGGAUGUUCAAUGUAAUCGUUUCUUCCCCAGUAGAAAAACAAAGCCUGUAAAAUGUAUACUAAAUGGAAUAAACAGCUCAGCUAAAAAGAACUCCAACUGGACUAAAAUUAAACUCUCAAAAUUUAACUCUACACAGCAAAAUAAGUUGGACUCUCAAGUUUCCCCUAAAUUGGGCUUAUUACGAACUAGUUGUACACUACCAGCAUUAGAAAUGCCUCAUCCAGGUACUCAAAGUACAUUUUUAGGGACAAAAUCACGUGAUGAUAAAAACAUAGCUUGCCAGCAGGAAGAAAUGAAAGAAGUUAAUUCUGAAGAAGUUAAAAUUAGUGAUAUUACAGUUGAAAUUAAUAAAACCACAAAAAGGGCUCCUGAAAAUUGUCAUUUGGAUAAUGAGAUAAAACCACCUCCUGACUCACCAUUGGAUAACCAGAUGAAAGAUUAUUUUGAAUCAACACCAGAUAAGAAUUUCAGCCUAUGUUUGGAAUCUAAGCUGGAAAACAAUCCAGUGGAAAAUAACAUUACUGUUUCAACUCCGCUCACUCAAGCAAAACUUGAUACAGGGGAGAGUAAAUUUCCAGAUUCACCUCCCAAACAGCACAGUAUACUCAAUAAUCAAACAUCUAUGACCAGUGAUAACAGAGAAACACCACCAAAUCAUUCUUGGCCUAAAUGUAAUUCCCAUUUGGAGAUAACAAUCCCAAAAGACUUGAAAUUAAAAGAAGCAGAGAAAGCUGAUGAAAAACAGUUGAUCAUAGAUGCGGGACAAAAAAGAUUUGGAGCAGUUUCCUGUAAUGUUUGUGGCAUGCUUUAUACAGCUUCGAAUCCAGAAGAUGAAACACAGCAUCUGCUCUUUCACAACCAGUUUAUAAGUGCUGUAAAAUAUGUGGGCUGGAAAAAAGAAAGAAUUCUGGCUGAAUAUCCCGAUGGCAGGAUAAUUAUGGUUCUUCCUGAAGACCCAAAGUAUGCCCUGAAAAAGGUUGAUGAAAUUAGAGAGAUGGUUGAUAAUGAUUUAGGUUUCCAACAGGCUCCACUAAUGUGCUAUUCCAGAACUAAAACACUUCUCUUUAUUUCCAAUGACAAAAAAGUAGUUGGCUGCCUAAUUGCAGAACAUAUCCAAUGGGGCUACAGAGUCAUUGAAGAGAAACUUCCAAUUAUCAGGUCAGAAGAAGAAAAAGUCAGAUUUGAAAGGCAAAAAGCCUGGUGCUGUUCAACAUUGCCAGAGCCUGCAAUCUGUGGGAUCAGUCGAAUAUGGGUAUUCAGCAUGAUGCGUCGGAAAAAAAUUGCUUCUCGCAUGAUUGAAUGCCUAAGGAGUAACUUUAUAUAUGGCUCAUAUUUGAGUAAAGAAGAAAUUGCUUUCUCAGAUCCCACUCCUGAUGGAAAAUUGUUUGCAACACAAUACUGUGGCACUGGACAGUUUCUGGUAUAUAAUUUUAUUAAUGGACAAAAUAGCACCUAAAGCAAAUUCUUGCCUGCAGUAGUAGAAGACAUCUACUACUACUACUACUACUACUGCAGUAGUAGAAGACAUCUACUGAAGAAUGGAUUGGUUGCUGACUUUAACCAGGAACUAGGGCCAUUUUUGUUACAAAGAACUCAGGACUGGCAACAACCAUAAGGUUGUUCCAUUUUCAUAAAAUUGGAAACAAUGCAGUAAUAGCUUAUUAUUGUUUUGUUUUUUAAAGAAGAUAUUUUAUUAUCUUUUACAGAAAUUUAUGAUUAAUGUAUUUUAUCUAUAGUUAUUUAGACAUGUUUACAUGCAGCAGAUAAUUGUUCAUAGUGGACUGAAAACUAAUGCAAGGACUAUGGUCUCAGUGAUAAGUAUAUUUUGAAGUUCUUAAUAUGGAAAUAUACCAGUGUAGUUGGGUACUGUACUUUUUUAAUAUUGAUCUGCUGAUACCGGUUACAGUUUUAAAGAUUGUAUUUUUACUAAGUGGAAACCAGUGUUUUAGAGCUAUGACUUGAGAGGGUGCGAUAUUAUGUGUUUAGAAAUUCAAAGUUGAUUUCUGAAGGGCCUGAAAUACACUUAAAAAAAAAUUCUCACCUGAGGAUUUAAAACAUUGAUUGGCUGCCUUCUGUACAUGCCCUGGCCAUGUUGAACCUGCAACAUUUGUGUGUACAGGAUGAUGCUCCAACCAGCUGGGCCACCUGGGCAGUGCUGAAAUAUACUUGGAUGGAGCCCCACGAAAAAGCAAAGUUCCAGAUAAACUGGAGGAAUUCGGAAAGUUGAGCUUUUCCUUCCAUUUUUUUCUUUCCUGUUUUUGCUAGCAGGAAGAAGUGGAAGGUGGUAAAGAAUUUAGUCUUUCCUUCUUGAAGAUCUCUAAAUGACUAGAAUUAGGAAGGUACCCUCUAAAGUUUAUUAUUCUUUCAUUGUCGUUUCACUUCUUAAAUGGCAACUGGGCAGACUUAAGCUAUUAAAAAAAUCCCAAAGAGGUUUAUAAAAACCUGUGGAAUAGUUGCAAGCUAAAUAUUAAUAACUUGGUAUCUGCUUUGUUAUUCCUCAGAAAUACUACACUGAGUAUAUGCCCUCAUUACUGGACUUCAUUUUGAUACUUGUCAAUCCUUCAUAGUGCCCUCUACUUUUAAAGGGUUUAAAUGUUGAAAAACUGCUGUGGCCUUUUAUGACUUGUAUAUAAUGUAGAAUAAAAUAAUAAAAUACUUGAUAGCUUUUUCUAAGUGAUAAA